CCGGGCAAUUUAAUAACUCUGCAGGGUUUUUGCUAGUUGUUCGGUUUGCUUACAUUUCAGUGAUUUAAGAAAAAACAGUAAUUGUUGAGAAUGGAGAGCAAUGGAGAAGGAGACUUGUGUUCUGUUCUUCAGAUGUUCUUCUACGUUGAAGGUUGUGGCUAAUAAUGAGUUAGCGGGUAGCAAUAUGCUAAUGUUUUAUUUUGACGCGAAGAUGACUCGUUUUUAAAAACGGCUCAUUUUAAUGAUUCAGAGUCGACUCUUUCUUUUGAGGGACAAUAAGUUUAUACACUGUGCACUUUCAGGUUAAAAACUUUCCAAGGUGUUUUCAUUCACUUAGAGCUGCGUUACACUCGCUCGUAUUAAAAAAUCUAUAAUUGGGUGCUUUUUGCAGGCAUUUUGGUUCAUUCAUUCACGUCUAUUUCACGUGAACGCCAUUCGUUUACAGCUGAAUGUGUAUAGAAAUACAAAAUCGGCUUUAAUGUGGUCAUGUUUGCAGUUCUGUCUGUGUAGAAUAAGAAGUGGAGGAUGUUUUGAAAUGUUUAUUGCGUAAGCAGAAGUCCUUUUUUUCUCUAAAAUGAUUUGGCUGUGGGCUUGACCACUUAAUUUCAAGUGUGGUAGGAGGACAGUUACAUGCCAUUUCAGAGUAUAAAAACAGAUGGUCAGACGCUCCACCUGGCCAAGUCUGGCGAGCAGUUUCAGUCUCGGUUAGUGGAUCACCUAUGAGAUGGUUCUACCCUUUGACUGGAGACCCUCUGAAUGGAUUUGACAGUAGCUGAAAAGACACGCACCCCAUCAGAUAAAAAAAACAAAGGUUAAACUAAAUGUCUGCAAAGCUGAGAGACAGCUGAGGAAGGGACGAGGAAGAAUCGAAGAUUCCAGACAGUCCACAGAUCUGAAAAAUAAACCUUUACUUGUUGAAGAUACAUGAAGCCUAGGCUCUGGGUUCCUCCUGGUGCAUGACUAAGGCAUUGAUGACAUUGACUGGCCCCAUGUUCCCCGGACCGGAGUACAAUUGAGAACGUCCAGGAUGUAGUAUCAGAAUAUCUGAAGAUGCUUUAUUAGUAGCACCUCAGACUCUGCAGGAACUCUCCAGGUCUGGCAGGAGACACCAUCCACCCUUUUAUCAGGAGCAUGCUUAGACAUUUCGCAUAUAGGCACAUGGAGGCCAUACACACUGACUUCUAUUGUGAAUCAGCCUGUAAUUAACUUGUUUGAUUUUCAGCGCGUGUGUUUUUUUUGUUUUGUUUUUUUUUUCAUCCAACCCUCAAAGGUUGGGUUGCUUUCAAUCACUGUCACAUCAUUUUAUUCUCAACGAAUUACACUAGGUAUAUGACUAAAGUUUUUUAACUUGAAUAUUUCAUCAAUGUGUGAUUUAAAGCAUUUCCCUGAAGGGAUACCCUCGUGUCGUUCCAAACUCAUAGGACCUUCAUUCAUCUUCGGAUCACAAUGAAAAUAUUUUUAAGGAUGAAAUCCGAAAGCUUUCUGACCCUCCAUAGAUAGCAAGGGUCCUACCACACUUAUAGUCGAGAAAGCUACGAAGAACAUCACUAAAAUAGUUCACGUCACAUCACCGUCGUAAUUUUAUGAAGUGAGAAUACUUUCUGUCGACAAAAAAACGUUUAACCAGUGAUUCUUCUCCCUCGAGUUAUUGUCUUCGGCCAUUAUCAAGAGUAGCACACGAGUACCUUGGCACGUAGACAAGGAGUAAGACUAGAAGAGUACAUCUGCAUCUACUGGGUUUGCGUACAUCAAUAUAACAUAAUUUUUGUCACAUUGUACAACAAUAAUUACUGUAUUUGCAUUAUAUGUUUAGGUAGGUUUAGGGUUGGGGUAGGUGUAGACAUUAAUAAAACACAAUCUAAUAGGUGGACAUUUUUCCAGCCACAGCUAUAUCGUUCAUGGUAUGCCUGUGGAGUUAGUCGAGGAAUACAAGUACUUGGGCACUAUUUUUGAUAAUCAACUGAAAUUUUCAACCAAUACAGAGGACAUUCUUAGGAGGUGCCAUCAACGUCAGUAUCUCCUUAGGAAACUUGGCUCAUUUGGAGUCUGUAAAGACAUUAUGCUGACUUUUUACUAUUCUUUUAUAGAGAGCAUUGUCACUUUUUCUUUGUCUUGUUGGUUUUCUUCUAUUAGUGUACAGAACAGAAAUCAGCUGCAGAGUGUUGUUACGGUGUGCUCUAGAAUAAUUGGCCUGCCUGUUAGAUCCCUCUCAUGUAUAUAUGAUCAGCAGAUAUUUAGGCUAGCAAAUAAGAUCAUUAAGGAUCCCUCACAUAUUCUCCAUCCAGUAUUUGAAUGGCUUCCAUCUGGGCGGCGAUUACGUUGUCCUGUUUGUAGAACUCAGAGAAGGAGGGCUACUUUUGUUCCCAAAUCUAUUUUGCUUUUAAACUCUAAAAUGUAAUUUUGUUUGUAAUUAAUUCAUAAACUGUAUUGUGUAUUUAUUUGUAUUUAAAAUGUAUUCUAUUGUGCUGCUCAAUAUGUCUUAAAAUUGCCCCUUGGGGACAAAUAAAGUUUUUUGAAAUAUCGUUUCAAGCCACAAAUGUAAACAAGGAGUCAUGCCUGAAUACAAUUACGAUUGAGCGACUGAUGUGAUGUGACUAUUUUGUCAAUGUUCUUUCGUUUCUGCGGCCUAAAUGUGGUAGGAGCCUUGCUGUCUUUGAAGGUCUCAGAUUUCAUCAAAAGUACUUUAAUUUGUGUUUCAAUGAUGAAGGUCUUACAGGUUUUCUUACAUGAGGUUGAGUAAUUAAUGACAAAUUUUUCAUGUUUUGGUGACCUAUCCCUUUAAUAUUGUAAGUGUGAUUUCAGCAUAUAAUGUAUAUCUUAAUUUUAGCAGUGGCUUAACUUUACAGAAUGCAGAGUUACUUUACAAUGUACUUAUCUACUAACUAGAAAUGGGUAACAUAAGGUAACACCUUGGACUUAGAUUGCUAUAAGGUAAACUCCUUAGCAUCUAAGAGAAGCUGUUUUUGCCUUUUUCCUUCCAGUCGUGACAUAUGUCUGAGAGAAACAUUAGCAAACAAUUUGGGGAAGGAGUUGAUUUUGUCUAUUGGGAAUUAACCAUUGACAUUUUACCAUUGACGCCUGCUAUUGAUCACACGUGAUCUUGUGUGAAUGACAACUUGCUGGAGAUAAGAGGUCUUUGCAAUGUCUGUUUUGAUUCAGUAGUGAGUUUAGAGUCAGGAUUAGGUCUGAGGUUCAUUACAAAAUAUAAGAACAGCACUGUAAAAUUAAUAACCUGACUGAAAAUGACCCUAAUAAUCACUUUGAUUGUGUCUGCUUUGGUUUCCCCCCAGGCCUCCUUUCCCAUUUCUCUUGAGCCUCGUGUGGCUUCUGAUGAGUACAAUCCGGUGUCCCUCAGGCAGAAGUCAAAGAAGAAAAAUUGUGGAGGAAGUCCAAGAAUGAGCAGAAGGAGAGUUUCGGUGAAAGAUCUGAAGCCAGUGGACCAUCAGGGCUGGCUUUAUAGGAAGAAAGAGGGGAAGGGAUUUCUGGGUAUUAAGUGGAAAAAGUAUUGGUUCGUGUUAAAGAAAACCUCUCUGUACUGGUACCCAAAUCAAGUGGCUGAAAAAGCAGAAGGCUUCAUAAAUUUGACAGAUUUUGUCAUUGACAGGGCUACAGAAUGUAAGAAAAAAUACGCUAUCAAAGCAUGUCAUCCCAAGGUCAUGAUGUUUUACUUUGCAGCAGACAGCAAUGAGGACAUGAACUUAUGGUUGAAUAAACUUGGUUUGGCAUCUAUUCAGUAUGAACCCACAGAGGUUCAUACAGCUGAAUGCUACAGUGAGGCCAGUGAUCAUGAGGAGUCCACUGACACACCACCACCGCCAUACUCUGAGCACCAGACCCAAGCUUUAGCAAGUCUCAAUGGUCCAUCAGCGACUACACACCAGGGAAGCCUUCCUCCUCCAUAUUCCUCCCCUGCUCCUAGCGAAGCCACGGGAACCCUCUCCUCCCCCGUCAGUACAAUGACUUCCCACAGCUCUGUCUCUUCCCUGGCAAAGCAUAGACGGUCUUGGCUGGACCUUGUCUCCCAGUCAAACCCUACUUCUGGCGAAACCGUGGUCUGCUCAGCUGUGGUCCAUACAGUAAGCACCGCAAUAAUGGAAACGUCACAACGCAGUGAAGCCACAUCUCAAGAUCCCCUUGGAUGCUCUUCUAGCACAUCAACUAGGCCAAUAUCUGCAGAGCCAGAAGAACCAGAAGCGCAGCUGAUCUCAAAUAACACCAGACCUGAAAUUCUAGACGGACAGGAAGGAACUGAUGAUGAGAUGGAAAGGUUGUACUUACAUUUGAAAAGAGCAAGUUUGUCUCCAACGGGUGAGCGGAAACCAUCUUCAAAAUGGGAAUUACGAGCCUCCUUUAUAAAGCGUUGCAAAAACCAGACACUCAAUGAGAAGAUACAUCUCAUCAGAACCCUCAACAGCACUCUAAAGGCUAAAGAAGCAGAUCUGCUGACUUUGGAGCAGGUGCUGGCAGACUCCGCUCUCACUGGAAGUAAAUUCAGGGAGUGGAAAGAGAUCAACGCCGUUCUGCUGCAGGAGACCAUUGUGAACUACCCCCUGCAGACUGAGCCCUCGAACGCCUCUAGUGCCUCAGCUGUGCAUCCCUCAACAUAGAUGUGCAUGCACCCCGAAAGAGUACACACCGCAACACAAGCACUGCAGAAACUGAGAGUUUUCAAAUCUGGUCUUGACGAAGGAAUGAAGAGAAUUUAUCUAAGCCUGUUGUUACUUUCACUUGCUAUCGUUCGUCUAUUUAUUUUUAUUUUUUUGUAUUUUUUUUAUCGGUCUGUUACUAAUAGGUUGUUUUAAAAUCCUUGUUUCUCUUGGAUACCUGUGGCAUAUUACUUAUGUGAAAACACAUUCUUUUGAAUCAUAUUAGAAAACUAAACAUGUUUGGUAAUAGCCUAUGUCAUUUUCUUCUUUUUUUUCUGCAUUCAGUGCAAACCUAGUAAACUAAAAUGCUGAUUAUGUGCAGUCUGUAUAGCUUGCUAUGUUUUUAUUAUUGUAAAUGCAUCUGUUUAGAUAUAUUUAUUGAUUAAAAGUAUGAUGCAACUGCUCUGAAUGACAAAUGUCAACACUGUUCAUAGUAUAAAUAAUGUGCAUUACUGUCAUAUUUAGACUAUUGAUGUACUAAGUAACUAGCUCCUUACUAGCUUUAACAUAAAAUCAUCAAAUUGCUGCUCCAUAUCAAUCAUUUACGCACAAUAAAUAACAAAGAGGUCAUAUCUA